UUUCCUGACAGAGGCAUUGAUUCGUUGUGAUUAUCAAGUUAUGUCAAUUAAUAAUCGUCUGGUUGGCGGUCGACUUCUAGCCUGGAUCUCACUCGUCUUCAUUUCCUAACUGACAAAUUUCAUAGAACUGUUUUUCUGCUUUAAUUAUUCCAUUAGUUUGGGUUUAUUUUUGGAAGCCGAUACAUUUUUUACGAAUUUUGAAGAAUAUUUUAUUUUGUAUAAAACAUUCCCACGCGAUGGACCUAUGCCUGAAGAGACGGUCCUAUGAUAUCGACAGUUUGAUUGGUGCUGGGUGUUCGGACAGUACUUCAACCAAUGACGAAAAGCGAGAGGACACUGAAGUGCGCCAGAAUUUCAAACCGAGCACGUUUCCCCAGUCCCCGGAUGUAAAAAUAAAUGUAAUAAAGAACGAGACGGGAUUGAGUGAAAAUAAAUACGAAAAGUCGCCGAUUGUUGGUGAAGACACAUCUAAUGAUGGAGAAGAAAUGACUAGGAGAAUACAAAUCGACGGUUCUCCUAUCGACUUCCGGUCCAAUCCGGAAAUGUACGGGGACCGGGAUCUUGAGGAUUAUGGAAAACGAAAACAGCGGCGGUACAGGACGACAUUUACUAGCUUUCAACUGGAGGAAUUGGAGAGAGCUUUUCAGAAAACACAUUACCCCGAUGUUUUCAUGAGGGAAGAGCUUGCAAUGAGAAUAGAUCUAACCGAGGCAAGAGUACAGGUUUGGUUUCAAAACCGCAGGGCGAAAUGGAGAAAGAAGGAAAAAGUUGGACCGCAAUGUCAUCCAUACAGUCCGUAUAUGGGGUACCCCACACCCGGGAUGGCACUAGGACCACGCCCAAUCGUCCCGUCCCCUCAAAGUUAUACCGAUCUUUUAUUCAAAGCUUACCACUCUCACAUUCAAGGUAGAAAUGCGCGCACUUUCGGACAGACGCCACCUGUUUCCAGUUUUUAUGGGACGCCAAAUUUGAUGUCACCGGAAAUAUACAGCCUUGCCAUGCGUGGUUUGAUGUAUCCUCCGAAUUUUGUGAAACUAGCGCCCCCUACACCAGACAUAUCAUUCCAGAAUCUAUUGGCUGAACUCAGUGUCAAAUCAAAGUCCACUUCAGAACGUUUGUCAUUUUCGCCAGUUUUGGAGAACGAGAGAAACUCCUUAGUUGGAACCUCGAGGCAAAAGUGUGUUCGAGAUUCCGACGAACGGUCAGACGAUAUAAAUCAACCUUUGACUCCGUGACGUAAGAGGCACGAUUUGUCGAAAUUUAAUUACGCCAUAUUUAGUGCAAUACGUUUGAAUGAAGGCCAUUUUUUAAAAUUACGAAAAACAUUAGUGCUUUAAUUUGCUACUUGUUGUGUUCUAAAA